GGCCGUUCAGUUUUAGAUUUGGUCACACUGAAGAAUAACUUUUUAAAAAUAAUAAAAUAAAAGAAAAUUUGUGGCACAUUGAGCCACAGGUUGACGGUCUGUCCUGAAGAAUAUAUAAAGACGUAAAAUUUGCAGGGAAGGGAAGAACCGAGCACCAUGAACGGAAGAAGUGUUGCGGAGCCUCCGGACUUCCAGGCCGCCACUGCAGCCGCGGCGGCAGCUGCUCUGGCCAGUAGUUCGGAGCAAGACGAGUGGAGCGUGAGCGAGUGCGGAUUCCUGGAUCCGGAGGUGCAACGCACCAUGCGGAGCGGCGGUGCCGCCGAGGACAUCACCCAGUAUCCUAUGCACGGCUGGGUGGACGUCACCAGGGAAUUCCACGACGCCUGUGCGGAGCUACAGCCUGGCGAACUGGCCCAGGAUAUGUUAUUUGGUCUUUUUGAGGCCAUGUCUGCCAUAGAGAUCAUGGACCCGAAAAUGGACGUGGGAAUGGGCUUCGACAAACUGGACCUGCCGCCGCCCUCUUUUGAGGCUGCCAUAGCGACAGGGGCCAUCAAACUGGACGAUCUCACGGCCGCCGAACUGAUUGGCAUCUAUGAUGCUUUGUUUUCAUGUCUGGUAUCCUGGCUGGAGGGCAACUCCAUGGACCAGGUGCUCUUCACCUGUCUUUACCUGCAUGCUCCCUCGCAGAUUAAGGAUAAGGCGCUACGCGUCUUUUGCACUGCCGUGCGUAAUCUCAUCGUGGUCAUUAAGAACAUAAUUGCCGUGGCCGCUGUUAACGAAGAGGAGGACUUCCAACUGUACGGAAAUUCCGCUCUUCUGGCCGCAGAGAAGGCCCAGCCGGCUGCUGUUUUUGCAUCACUAAAGGAGGCAGAGGACGAACUGGUGCGCAAGUGCAAGAAGUUGUCGGCAACGGAAGACUGGAUGGCUGUGGUUCAUCGGCUGCGUUUUAUGCGCCACCUUUUUCAGGUUAUAUAUCACGUGGAGCAGAUGGCUAGCAAUGACGCCGUCGAUGACAAGGUCGACAUCUACAAAAUCCUGCUUGCUGCUUCUGAGAUGCUGCCGGGAAUAAGAAAUACCCUGGAUCUUGGCACGCAACCCGAAAAGGGAUCUGAAGCACCGAAUCCAAUGGGCUUUUCACCCCGAAUCCACGACCGUAGUCAACCGCCUGCUUUUCCACGUAGCAUCAAGAUCAGGGAUCGGGCGGCCAGCUAUCAGUUCCUGGAGGAAAUGAUUUCGCGAUUCAAGUACGCCUGCAAAGUCAUCAAGUACAAAGACUACUAUUCGGCUCUGAACUUUUUCAUCGAGUACAGUAAAAAGUCAGGCCAGUGCAUCCUGUCCAGAAGCGUGUUGCAGAAUCUGUUUAGCGCCAACAUGCGAAUGGCCCAUGGAAAGCUUCCCAUGAAGCAGUUCCUGCGCCACUCUGUUCAAAUAUUUAACUCUCCGCCCGUGUUGAAUACUAAGCAUCCAGUAGCAGCAGAUCCAAAAGUUCAGCAACACCUAGAUAACUUUUUCCGUUACUGCAUCAACAUGAACACCUUUACACAGUUCAUUCGCAUUUGCGGAUUUAAUCGCGCCCGGCAGCGAGAUAAACUGGCACGACUAAUAGAGAACUUCGACACCAUACAAGUGGAUGCGGCGCGACUGGAUUCGAUGAUGAACCAACUGGCUAAUGAACGGGCUAUGGAGGGGAACGAGCCAUUGGCCACCGCCCUGAAGCACAGCACCCACUUCUCCACCUGGGUACUGUACAACUGUUUUCGUGCAAUGCUGAUCUUCCUGAUGUCUGGCUUCGAACUAGAACUUUAUGCUGUGCAUGAGUUCCUCUAUAUCUACUGGUACCCGUACGAGUUCCUAAUUGGCUUCCUAGUCUCCGCUUUGACACGCACAGAGAACAUCCUGCGGGCCCAGGAGGAGUACGCCGAGCACCAAAGUAAGAUUCAAUCGGGCGGCAGCGGAGCGGCAAAGAACCGCAAGGCGGCAAAGCCGAAAAAAAACAAAAAACAACAGCGGCCCUACCCUGCAGAGAUCGUCUUCUACCACGCCCUGCUCAGCCUCUGCGGCGGAAUGUAUAAGGCAAUGGGAGCUUUGACCAAAGAUGGACGAGUGCGCCUGCCGCUGUCCAAGUUCGACAACGAGGAAAUUCGCUACAAUCGGCGCUUCGUACCCUUCGCAACACUUACCAGUCCGCCACCAGUCUCGUACGCAGAGUUCAAAAAAAUUAGGGAGCACAUGAUGCGCCACAGCGUAGAGGAUCUAUACACCAAUGCGGCCAAGCAAUUUGACCAGGCGCGCAAUGUCCUUGAGAGCAUUCAGAAUCCCGAUCAGGAGAUACUGGAUCUCCUGCAAAUAGCACGAACAAACUUUGUUGUAAUGAAUGUACUGGCCCGCGGUCAUCAGAAGGAAUUGAAGCGCCAGCCAGAGUUUGACUUCUCGAAACAUAGCUACUUCCCCAUCAUCAAGCUAAAAUAGAUGUUCAUGUGUUCCGUAAUUGACAACAAUAAAAUUUAUAUGUAUGCA